GAACUUCUCUCAUGCUUGCCGAAUUGUCCUUAUCCUGGGCUGAGCUCUUUGAUGAACUCUUGUAAUGUAAACUUUUAUAUAUGUUACCUCCAAAGCCGCUGGUGACUUUUCCGAUCGACACUUGUCCCGCUUCACACUUGCACGCUAACUUGUUUAGUGACUAUAACCAUUCUCCUAGACUUCAACCGAGUCGUCAACACUUCUCAAUCGAUUUCCAGGCAUUAAGGAUGCUCUGCAUUAUGCAGAGCUUCCAUGACUUAUCAGAGACAGUAAUAUCCCGCAGACACCGUGCUGCUGUUACUUUUAUAUUGCCAUAAUUAGCAAAGAACCCACGCAUUGUCCUCGUCUCGGCUUUAAUGUAUUGAUAAAUUAUGUCUCCCUCGUAUUUCUCCAGUCACAUACUCCAGUUUCACUUACCGUUGACAAAAUCUACCUAGAGUGAUGUGUGAUAUGCUUCCAUCACUCUCCAGAGUCCCUAUUACAAUUACUGACCCUACCCCACGAUACUCUCAUAUAAAUGCUAAUCUCUUGAACUACAACAACUAUGUGUGUGGGAGUCCGAGUUGAAUUUCGGACUCGAUCAUUAUUCUCCACACAUUAAUAACUUCAUCUAAUCACUGAGAUUCAAAACAGGGAGAGAUGGAGGGUCUAUACUGAAAUUUUGUUCGUAAUAUUCACAUUCUGAUUACAUAUGAACGCUUCGUAACAGUGGGGAGAUGGAGCAGUCAGAAAAACCAGCAAAGCAAUCACAAAAAAGGUCAUCAUUUCCGAGAGACCCUCGUGGUUCGCUCGAAGUGUUCAACCCUUCCUCCUACUCAACGGACAGUCCAUCAGAUUCGCCGUUCCGAUCUCAGCCAAAGUGGAAAACUUGGACAGAGCAACCGACCACCGCCACCCACAAGGAUGAAGUCACCAGCACAUCAUGGAUGGCCCUCAAGGACUCCAGUAGUCCAUCGCAGCAGACUCUGUCCGCCAUUCUUAACGAGCGACCUGAGCAGACCCCGAAAUCCCCGUCCUCCGUGAAUUUUGCCGGAGAAGUAGGCACGGCAGCGCAGAGAGCUGCUGAGUGGGGACUGGUGCUGAAGACUGACACGGAGACGGGGAAGCCGCAGGGAGUGGUUGUGAGAAACUCGGGAGGAGAGGAACCAAGUGCGAAGAUCUCAGGUACCUCGAGAAGGAACUCAAAUAACUCGGUGAGAAGCUCCGGUGACUCGUCGGAAGACGGAGGAAAAGAAAUACGGGGAUUUCCGAGAAUUUCAGAGGAUUUGAAGGAUGCUUUGUCGAUGUUCCAACAGACUUUCGUGGUCUCGGAUGCGACCAAACCCGAUUAUCCGAUCAUGUAUGCUAGUGCCGGAUUCUUUAAGAUGACGGGUUAUACUUCCAAGGAGGUCAUUGGAAGGAACUGUCGCUUUUUACAGGGAGCGGGUACGGAUCCGGAGGACGUGGCAAAGAUAAGGGAGGCGCUGCAAGCAGGGACGAGUUACUGUGGAAGAUUACUGAAUUACAAGAAAGAUGGCACUCCUUUCUGGAACCUCCUCACCAUUUCACCCAUCAAGGACGACGAUGGCCAAGUCCUCAAAUUUAUUGGAAUGCUAGUAGAGGUUAGCAAGCAUACGGAGGGGUCCAAGGAGAAGACGCUACGUCCCAAUGGAUUACCCGAAUCUUUGAUUCGAUAUGAUGUUCGUCAAAAAGAGAAGGCUUCCUCUGCAGUAUCUGAGUUAGUAAAGGCAGUGAAGCGGCCCCGAGCAGUCAGUGAAUCAGGAAAACGUCCAUUGAUAAGAAAAUCUGGAGGUGAUGAAGAACAUAAAGUAGAAAGUUUGCCAAGGAGGAAAUCAGAGAGCGUUGCUGCAUUAAGGCCAAAACCACAUGGGGGGCGUCGAAAUUCAAUGCAGCAAAUCAAUGAGCUGCCUGAAAAGAAACAGAAAAAUCGUCGUCGUUCUUUCAUGGGGUUCAUUAAAAAAAGUCAGCCCAAUGAUGAGAGCUUUGAAGACAAUGAAAUUGUGGAGGGCAGCUCAGGGAGUGAGGAAGAAGAUGAGAGGCCUGAUAGUAUUGAUGACAACAAACUAGCGCAAAGGGAGAAGCGAAAGGGUCUUGAUCUUGCAACAACACUUGAGCGUAUUGAGAAGAACUUUGUCAUUACAGAUCCAAGAUUGCCUGAUAAUCCCAUCAUCUUCGCAUCUGAUAGUUUCCUAGAACUCACCGAGUACAGUCGUGAAGAAAUUUUGGGAAGAAAUUGCAGGUUUUUGCAAGGGCCUGAAACUGAUCCAGCAACUGUGAGAAAAAUUAGAGAGGCGAUUGAUAACCAAACAGACGUUACGGUGCAGCUGAUUAAUUAUACAAAGAGUGGCAAAAAGUUCUGGAACUUGUUUCAUCUGCAAGCUAUGCGUGAUCAAAAGGGAGAAGUACAAUAUUUUAUUGGAGUUCAACUUGAUGGUAGCCAGCAUGUGGAACCUCUUCACAACUGUAUUGCAGAAAACACGGCAAAGGAGGGAGAACAGUUGGUUAAACAAACUGCAGAAAAUGUUGAUGAGGCAGUGAGAGAACUUCCGGAUGCGAAUUUGACACCAGAAGAUUUAUGGUUAAACCACUCAAAAGUGGUCCUUCCAAAACCUCAUAGGAAGGAUAACCCUGCUUGGAGUGCUAUCCUGAAGAUCCUGGAAAGUGGAGAGCAGAUAGGCUUGAACCAUUUUAGGCCAAUCAAACCUUUGGGAUCUGGGGACACUGGCAGUGUGCAUUUGGUGGAGCUAUGUGGAACUGGCCAAUAUUUUGCCAUGAAGGCUAUGGACAAGGGUGUUAUGCUAAAUCGCAACAAGGUGCAUAGAGCUUGCACAGAGAGAGAAAUCCUCGACAUGUUGGAUCAUCCUUUUCUUCCCGCAUUAUAUGCUUCUUUUCAGACCAAAACGCAUAUUUGCCUGAUAACUGAUUAUUGUCCCGGUGGAGAACUGUUCCUGCUUCUAGACCGGCAGCCAACAAAAGUUAUCAAAGAAGAUGCAGCAAGGUUUUACGCUGCUGAGGUUGUGGUUGCCCUGGAGUACCUUCAUUGUCAAGGAAUAAUAUAUCGGGAUUUGAAGCCAGAGAAUGUAUUACUCCAGAGCAACGGGCAUGUGUCUCUGACAGAUUUUGACUUGUCAUGUUUAACAUCCAGCAAACCACAGCUUUUAAUUCUACCUUCAAAUGAAAAGAAGAAACAGAAGGGACAACAAACUCCAAUAUUUGUGGCCGAACCUAUGAGAGCUUCAAAUUCUUUUGUUGGCACAGAAGAGUACAUUGCUCCGGAAAUUAUAACUGGUUCAGGCCAUACUAGUGCUGUGGAUUGGUGGGCUCUUGGCAUUCUUCUGUAUGAAAUGAUGUAUGGAUAUACACCAUUCAGGGGGAAGACAAGGCAGAAAACAUUUGCUAAUAUUCUUCACAAGGAUCUUAAAUUUCCCAAAAGUAAACCGGUAAGUCUCCAUGGAAAGCAGUUGAUACACAGGUUGUUGCACAGAGAUCCCAAAAACCGAUUGGGCUCACAGGAAGGAGCAAACGAAAUAAAGCGGCACCCAUUCUUCAAAGGUGUCAAUUGGGCCCUCGUUCGUAGCAUGAACCCUCCUGACCUGGACGCUCCUCUCUUCCGGGCAACUGAAGAUGAGAAGGAAGUCAGAAUUGUUGAUCCUGCACUGGAGCAACUGCCAACAGAUUAUUUCUGAAAGAUUUGAGCUUGAAAGAUAUACCUCUAUCAAGAAACACAUGAUGUGCCUUCGAGUUGUUAAGCAAAGGAAUUUUAUUCUAGUCGUAGGCAAGGCCUUAAGUCUCUCUCUCUCUCUGUCUCUCGGUAAUUUAUAAAUAGUUUGAAUGGAAUGCUUCUAAUUUGCCUGGUAAAGUUGUAAAUAUUUAGCCAUGUUUUACUC